AUGUCUAGAGCAGCGGGUAGCCGCCCAGGGUUGUCUGGGGGACAAGUGGCGGCUGCAUCUCCGCUCCUGUCACUGCUGCUGCUCCUCGCCUGCUUCGCAGACGCCUGCAGAGGUGCUCCAGUAUCACCUCAAAGAAUACGGUCAGAACAAGAACUACAAUUGUGGAAUAAGGUGCAUGAUGCUUGUUCAUCCUUCCUGUCUAGUGAUUCCCAGCCUCAGGGAUCCACUGCACUGAGGGAGUUUUGCCGUUUGGUGACCGAGAGCCUCCAGAAGCCUCUGGAACAAAAUGAAAAACAUAAUACUAAGAGGUUCUUAUUCCAUUACUCAAAGACAGAGAAGUCAGGAAACUCAAAUAUUGUGUCAUCUGUCGUGCAUCCAUUGCUGCAGCUCGUCCCUCAACUGCAUGAGAGAAGGAUGAAGAGAUUCAAGGAGGAAUUACAAAGUCCUUUUGCUGGUCAAAGUAGGGGAUACUUUUUAUUCAGGCCACGCAAUGGGAAGAGGUCAGCAGGUUUCAUUUAA